UGUGUACCCACCCGGCUUCCGUAGGUCACACGUUGCUUCCCCGGAAAUUGUCAGGCCUGUCGGAACAACACCGCUGGCAAGUUGGGCUGUCUUGACUUUGAAACCGAUGGGCUGCACUGGCGGUGGAUAAAUAGAACCCUUCCCCCAAUCCAACACCCUAUCCAGGCGGAGAAAGAAAUUAAAUCUUGAAAAAAAAUGCUGCAAGGAAGAAAGGAAAGCAAUGAAAAGUUAAAAUAAGAGACGAGGAGGAGUUUAUAUGACCAUGACCAUGCAUGUAUCUCUGGCCUGAACAACAAAAGGAAUGGCUAUAAUGUCAUCCUGAACUGACUCAGUUCAUCCAGACAUUCAAGUUUGAAUCAAAUGAGCGGAUGGCGGCCUGCAUGCUCUCUCGACGGCUGGCCUGGCUACGCUAUCUCCCAGGCUUGACCAAGGAUUUUGCCCAGGCACAAUGUCUGCGUGAGUAUUGUGACAAACCAGAGGCCAGUGAGCAGGAUGGAAAGAGAGAGGUGAGACAACGCCAGGAAGCAACUCUUCAGGGGGACUACACGCUGCACUACAACCCUCCUUCCUAUCAUAACUCCAAAUGGGACUCUGUAGCCUCUCAAGGCCAUACUGAUAAUGAUGAGGAUGAGCAGUGUCUCUCCAUUCUUGCUCCGUCAUUCCGGCAACAAAGCAACUGCUACACUGUGAGUUCGUCACGGCGCCUUUCCAACUCCAAAAACACGCUGCUUGAAAUAGCUUUAAAUAAUGUCUCGGAGCCUGAGACAGCAUCACUGCCACAGAGCCACAGAGAACCCGUACCGCCUGAUGUCAAAGUCGAUACACGUGCCUUCCAAAAGUGCAGACCAGAGUAUGCCUCCGUGACUCUUGACCUCACCCAGCGGCCACCCCCGAUCCAAUGGGACCAGGCCUUGCUACUGCUCCACAAAGUGACCAUUCUGAAAGGCAACAUGCAGCCAUCUGAUGUGGUUCAUUUUCUUAAAGAGCUCAGCCGCCUGCAUCCAGAGAACACACCAUUAGUGAGGAGCGACACACGUUUUGUUAUGCUGCUGCGAUACUCAGUGGAAAACCUGCACCACUUCACUCAGUGUCAGCUGCUUGAUGUGCUACGGUCGUUUGUGUGGCUUGACCUGCCCUCUUCCCACAGCAUUCUCGGACUAUAUGAGGCUGAGCUGAGCCGCAGGGCCAGCCAGAUGACUUUCCCCCAGCUGCUUUUAGUUGCUGACUUGUGGCGCUGCAUCGGGAGGCAGGUCCCCCAGUUCUUAGAACACCUUUAUGGAUCUGUGAGUUCGUGCAUAGGACUCAUGAGCAUCUCUGAGCUAGUCCAACUGUUGUAUAUCAUGGGGGAGGGUAGACAAUGCCCAGCAGACUUGGUCCGACCUGUCGAGCAGUUACUGAUGCACCAUGUGCACAAACUAGAGCCUGAGGAGGUUGGCACAGUGUGCUUGGCACUCUUUAAAUCCCAGACUUCAAUUUCUGAGGGUGCAGUGAACCAGAUUACAGAUAAGGCCCACUCUGUGGUGGAAAAGAUGAGUGACUUUGCCAUGGUGAAUGUGCUGAAACUGCUGCGUUUCAGUCACCUGGAUCACAGGGCAUGGCUGGAGGCUAUGGCACAGGAAGUGCCACAUCGGGCCCACAAGAUGGGUGUCCAGGGGUUAAUGCAUGUUGCACUGGCUUGCUCAGCUCUACAUUACCGCAAUGACUGCAUCCUUAUGCCUGUGGCUGAGAGAUUGCCCUCCCUAGUGUCACACUGCAGGAGUAAAGAUUCAUGCAAAUUACUGUGGGCCUUUGGCACGUUGGGGGUCCUCCCAAGUCAGAUCCCAGGUUUCUAUCCCAGCCUCAUAGACUCUCUGAGGCAGAAGAAAAGUGCGUUCCAGAGAUACCCAGAGCAUCUUCUUACUGGCCUACUAGGCUUGGUUUUUGUUUCUCAGUUCCCUGAGGAUCUCAUUACAUUAGCACUGAGCCCUGAAUUUAUCAGGGUAGCACUAAAAUCCCCACAGCUGGAGCUGAAGAAAGAUUUGUUUACUUUAGAUGAAACUGUAGCUUUGGAGCUGCCUCAUUGGACCGGUCCACGGCUGGUCUCUGAACUAAGAGAAGAAGUGGCAGAGAUGCUUUGGAAAUAUGCUCAAUCAGAUGUGUGUCAGAAACCAGAGGUAGUGCAGGCAGAAUGUGCACUCAAAGAUCUGCUUGGAGGAGACCAGUUUGUAAGGAAGCGAAUGAUUCUCCCUCACACCCGCUCCAUUGACCUCGAAGUUCAUCUGGACUCCACCGGACAACCUGUACCUGUGAAUACAUCCCCUCAAGCCACAUCCUGUCCAGUGAAGAACUUUGACUUAGGUCCAUCUCAUCAGGGAUGGGAGAAAAUGAAUGUAGGGGUAACUCUUACCGAGGACCUGUUAGCACAGCUAGUAAAUACUAAAAAUACCACAGACCGUUCAACCCCAUCUCGUGACUUUGAGCCACCACCUCUUCACAGAGUUGAUUCUGAUGAAGGAGGAGGGGCAUUUGACAUAGGGUCGGAACUCACCAGUGGCAUCAAAGUCACCAGAAGCGCCCCGCAAGAUUUGCACAAAACCACGGUCAAACUUGCCAUCCAGGUGUCCAACAGAAACCAUCAUUGCUACCAUUCAGAACAACUGCUGGGCCUUCAUGCCAUGAAGAGGAGGCAGCUGAGGUUGGCAGGCUACAGAGUGGUGGAGCUCAGCCACUGGGAGUGGUUUCCUUUACUGAGGAAAAGCCGUACUGAGAAACUAGCUUACCUGCACUGCAAGCUCUCCAGCAGUCUGGAGUGACCUCUGACCUUAUGACCCGAAAAGACAUCUCUUCAGUCUUGCUGUCUUCACUGCACUGCAAAUUGUCAUGGCACUUGUGAUUUUGGACAGUCUUUGGUGUGCAAAGUAGAUGCAUACAGACAUUUUGUUAACAUCACAAGCACUGAGAAUCUUGAGUGCCUACAAAAAAGUAUGGUAACACUUUCUUUGGCUAGUCCUCUACAGACAUUCAACAGAAUCCUGUCAUUUCAUAUGUAAGUUGAAUAUCAACAUGCCAUAAAUUACGCUUCAACAACGUGACUAUAAUGCAUUAUUAUGGAUCCCACCAGCGUUCUGGGCAAGAUUCACCCACCAGCUUUGGUGAUUGGUCUUAAGAAUUGCUGAUUCGUUGCCUAUUAGCCAAAACAGGCUUAACAUAAGCCCUCACCCACCCAUAAUCCUAAUCUUAACCCUGUGGGCAGAUCUUGCCAAGAACUCUGUUGGGUUUCAUAGUAACUUAGAAUGUAUGAUAACAUUGGUAUCGGCUGAUAAAAGCUUUAAAAUGAAUAUUUGCAUCUUAGAUAUCAGCAAAAAAUCCAAAAUUGUGCAUGCCUUAUUAAACAAAUAUGGCAUGUUCUACAUAUCUUAAGUUGAAGUAGUUCUUAUUUUUCCCACAGAAUGUGAGCGUAAUAAUAUGUUAAUUCCACUACAGGAGAGACUUUUUAAAAGAUUUGUUUGUUUCUGCUUUAUAUGACAGUUACAAUAAAGAGAGGCAGGAAAGGCAAGGGAGAGAGAGGAUGACAGGCAGCAAAUUAUAUGGAAAAAAUGCAUGCAUCAAUUGGCAUCAGCAGUCGGCCAAAAGAGUGGAAUCAGGUCAUCUGAUAUUGGCAUAUCAGAUAUGGGCUUGCCAGUAUCCAAUAUGCCAAGUCUUGCUGUCAUUCUCUCUACUGUAACUAUCAAGUAAAGCAGAAAUAACUAAAAAAAAAAAAAAAAAAAAAAAAAAAAAA